GCGUGUAAUCGAAGUAGCCGGUCUGAAAAAUAUAGUUGGUCGUGCGCGCUAACAUCCGUGUAUGGCCUACUAUGUAAUGUGAUCAGGCCCUUCGCACAAUUGGUGAGUAUCAAAUGGAUAGUCAAAGAAAGGUACAGUGUGUACUGAAGGAAGCAAAAUAACGUGCUAAAUGUAACCUAACAUUACAAUCAGAAUUCUUGAAAACAAAUCUUCGCAAAACAUUAUUGGAUACUCUCGCAUUGUUUAAAAUAGUGGAACACAAGAAACCAACUUCAUUGACCAACAUCAUCUUCCAGGGAUAAUCUUGCGCUCUCGUUAGUGACAGGUUCGGUAAACAUCAAUUACAAGCUCGUUUGCAGUGCGUAGCUUGUGCCAGGUCGAAACAGAAAAAGGCAUACUCACCAGUAAUUAAACCAGCAGCAGUUGUACAAAGCUGCGUUACGUGCUUCGUUCAGUGGCGUUUUUAAUCAUUACAUGUGCGUUUUGUAAGAUUCUUCUUAAUGGUUAGUGACAUGUGCUCAAAGGUGUGUCACGUGGUGCAGUAGAUCUCAAACGCAUUUUUUUUUUUUUGGUUGGCUGAAUUAGUUUUCUUACGAAGAAGGGUGAACCAAGGAGGAAAAAAAAAUGCAAGUGAUAAUUCUGAAAUAUGUGCAAGUUCUUUGCAUCACCGUGUUUUUCUCCAACAAUAUCAACUGUGAUAAACUAUUGUUGCACAAUGAACAGGAAGAUCAGCACCUGUACCGAAUAGGCUCGUGUGCUGCUGAAUGUCUGACGGAGGAUGAUGCCCUAAAGUCACUGGAAUCGUGUUAUAAGCUAUGCUCGGAGGAUGGUGCUCUGGAACGCACCCCGAUGUUGGAGCAAAAUGUCAAGCUGUCCUUCCACAUUAAAUUAAUUUGUCGAGAUAGCACCAGUCUGGUGGUUGAGGUUCGUGUUGGAAAUACGACAUCAUCGCACUAUGGAGUCCCCAAUGGGAUAACCGACCAGCAGAAUGGCAUUUCCCGGAAUCAUCAAUCUGUUGGUGGCGGCGGCGGAAAAAGCAUGCAGAAAAAUGUCGCUGAUCAAAAGCGCAUUUCGGGCAAAGUGCGCAGAAGCAUUGACAAAAGUGUCCCAAGUGCAAAGUAUCGUGAUGCGGUGCGUGCGAAAAGCAACUCGACACGGUUCGUUUACCUCAUUAAGGUGCAGGAGAGUGGAUCAGAGCUGGGUGACAGGAUCGUGUAUAUGAGCAACUCAUCGGUGCUGAAAAUAGAGAAUUUAUUCCCUAACAAACGGUACAACAUUACGGCCACAGUGCUGAAUUCAAACCGCGAAUAUAUCUACGUAAAAAAGCAGCAGCAAUUCCGGACCUUACCGCGCGAUUACACCCCCGGUAUGAUUUCAAACAUUGACGUGCUUAAUUAUCAAACAAGCCGCGAAAAUGAUUCCCUGUUGGACGCCGUGAUUGCGUGGAGGCCCGCCGUGGAUAUGACAUGCCACUACGAGAUUCUACAUUAUGUCAGCGAUGCCCCAGACUACCAGUUGAAACCAAUAGACGUGCAACAGCCACAGGAGCUAUAUCGGUAUACGAUCCACUCGUUGAAGCUUAGCUCGGAGUACGUGAUAGCGGUCCGGGCGAAGAAUACCAAGAAUCCGGUCCGGGAAAGUGAACUGCAGUGGCACACGUUCCACACGCCCAGCUGCAUCGACUGGCACAACAGCAGCGCAAUUUGCGCGCCGGAAAACGUGGCCAAUGUGCGUGCUGAAGCGGUCCACCUGGCCGGGGACAAUUAUCAGUUCAACAUCAGCUGGGAUAAGCCCCGUUUCGUGCCGGAUUAUUACGUCGUCAAACUGUACGAUUUGAACCUGGCCCACCUGGACGACUUGGAAGCGGAAGCUAGCUCGGACACGCGGAAUGUUAGUGGGGAUUCAACCAACCUUCUGAUAGACACAUUUCCGAUGGGGGGACUGCAGUAUGAAGUGACCGUUAUUGCUUAUGCCAACAAUCGAGAAUCAAAACCAACAAUUCUAAUGAAGCCACUGUUCGUGAGGCGUGUUUCAACUGAUCACUGGAAUGGGGGCAGAUUAGCCGUUAUCAUCCUAACUCCAAUACUGAUGAUUGGUUUGAUGAAAAUUUCAAUUUCUCUUGUUUGCCGUCGCAGGGCGAAACUGAAAAGAUAUGAGCAACGUUGCGAAUAUUUCAAGGAAUUGGAGCAGAAGGCCCCGGUUGAUCCAAGUUCCGAUUUCGAGAUCAAGGUUAAGAGCAUCAAGGAAAUCUUGCAGCCAAUGACAUUCCCUGGUGAUUUGAUUGCUCCGAUAGAAGACGAUAUGGAGAUUAGCAUGGACCAGAUUGAGCUGCUGGACAUUUUGGGCGAAGGUGCCUUUGGUCUGGUACGAAAAGGCAUCCUUAUUAGGCCCCUUGAGACGUACCAGCAGGUUGCGGUGAAAAUGUUGAAGGAAUGCCCAAGCCUAGAGGAUAUCAAAGAAUUUCGCCGAGAGAUUGAAGUUAUGAAAUCAGUUGGAGUGCAUCCAAAUGUAGUUUGCCUCGUUGGACAUUACACUAAAAACAUCAAUGAAAUGAUGCUGUUGACUGAAUAUUGUGGUAAUGGAAAUUUGCUCAACUAUCUCCGAUGUGAAUGGCACAAAUUACUACGUGUUAGAGAUCGGAAAAGUCCCACUGAUAAAUUUAAAUCGUUAUCUUCGGACACAUCGCAAAAGUGUCAAUCGCCGGGAGUAAAUAACAACAAAAAGCCGGAAAACGUUUUCAACUUUGAUACAUCCUUCGCCAACGAGAAAAAAUCGCUCGCGUAUAAAAACUUAUCCGACCAGGAAAGCGAUUCAGUGAAGCUAAAAAUCAUCGAAAACAAACUUUACCCACUCGUGAAUAAUAUUAGCAAUGGCAUGGUUCCACAUUUAGACGCCAAUUUAAACAAUUUAGAGGAAAGCUUGACUAAUGGUUGUACGAAUGCCUGCAAGUGUAGGGUGGAAAUAAUUGGAACAUCCAGCGACGCAAAGCAAUCCCUUUGCACCAAAGCCAUGCACUGCAACAUCAAAGUAACCGGUUGUGAAUGCAACGAUGUCAACGCACUCGACGAAUCGCAGCAAUCGAUGGCGCCGCCGCCGCUACCGCCACUAGCAAAUUUGGUGGAAAAUCAGUGCUACUACAGCACCCACUGCAACGAAAAGCAAAGACAACUUGAUGACGCUAUCAUCACCAGCUGCGAGUUGCUGGAAUUUGCCCGCCAGGUUGCGGUUGGUAUGGAAUUCCUUGCUAAGAACAGAGUAGUACAUCGUGAUCUGGCAGCAAGAAAUGUGCUUGUUUGUAGCAACAGAAUAGUCAAAAUAUCUGACUUUGGACUGAGUAGAGAUAUUUACCAGGAAAAUCUUUACCGUAAAACGGGUACGGGGAAAUUGCCCAUCAAAUGGCUCGCACUGGAGUCGUUGACGCAUCAGGUUUAUACAUCGCAGAGUGACGUGUGGUCCUUCGGAGUGCUGCUGUACGAAAUUUGCACGUUGGGAGGCAAUCCUUAUCCGCUUCUUUCCACAAGCAAUCUUAUUACGAAACUGAAAAGUGGAUAUCGAAUGGAGCAACCGUCGAGUUGUGCAGAUGAAUUGUACGCCCUAAUGCUCUCGUGCUGGAGUGCAAUGCCCAUCGAACGGCCCACAUUUUCCUGCCUACAAGUGAGAUUACAGGAGCUGUUAGAGCAGAAUGAACAAAGCAAUAAGCCUGUGAUUAAUCUGGAUGCCAUUAUCGAUUUACAAAGUACAAAACUGACAUCGAAUGAUAGCUCUUACCUGAGGCCUGUGGAGUAUUAGGAUAUGACCGGAUUGCGGUUGAAAUUAGCUAGCGUCACUGGAACUAGUGAUGCAAAUUUCCAACAGAAGAAACCAUGGUGCAAAGUGUGUGUUAAUGUAUUUAUUUUAUAUUGUAACAAUUGUAACUAUUUUUAAAAGAGUUUACAUUUUAUGUAUUGACGAGAAGAAUAUAACAAAAUAAACAUGCUAA